AUGCCCGUUGAACCUGAAUAUGACAACGCUUACAAGAAACUAAUUAAAGCAUUAGAAGACUACUUUCUUCCCAAAAAGAACACUGAGUUCGAAAUUUAUCAAUUUCGGCGUGCCACUCAAUACGACACUGAAAGCAUUGACCAGUUUGUAACUCGUUUACGAAAACUGAUAAAUAACUGUGGUAUUGAAGACGCAGAGGCCAAAGAUGUCGAAAUUAAACACCAAAUCAUACAGGGAGGGAAGAAUAAGAAGGUUCGUCGCCGUGCUUUGCAAGAUGAGAUGUCUCUUGACAAGAUAAUCACCUUGGCCAGGACGUUAGAAGUCUCGGAGCGUGAAGCAUAUGGUAUAGAAAGUGGUAAUCCUGAUUCCGUGAAGACAUUUUCCUGUCAACUACGAAACUCCACUACCAGCCGGACGACAGCGCGCCCUACUAGAAAACGUCCUCAGAAAGCCCGUAGAUAUCCGGACCAAGUACCGACGACGCAACGCUCUUGUUAUAAAUGUGGUCACGAAUAUCCACACAAGGGCCCUUGCCCUGCAGUGGGUAAACAAUGUAACUUUUGUCAUAAAACUGGACAUUUUGUUCGUUAUUGUCGCAAGUUAGAAGGUUCAAGAAAGAAAGAUUCUAACAAUGUGAGUACUAAAAUCAAACAUAUCUGUGCUGACGAUUGCUCAGACAGUGACGAGUAUAUAUUCAAUGUUACUAAUUUUGACCAAUACAAUGGAAAACUUCCUUUCACUACGUAG